CUUCCUUUCUUCUCCACACUGCGUGCGGAUCUGUGUGCCGGCUAACGAACCACGCCGCAAACAUGAUGGGGAGACCGGUUCUCGUGCUCAGCCAGAAUAUGAAAAGAGAAUCUGGCAGGAAGGUCCAGCUUGGAAAUAUUAAUGCAGCUAAGACCAUAGCAGAUGUAAUCAGGACAUGUCUGGGACCAAGAGCUAUGAUGAAGAUGUUGCUGGACCCUAUGGGAGGAAUCGUCAUGACCAAUGAUGGCAAUGCCAUUCUGAGAGAGAUUCAAGUGCAGCACCCUGCUGCCAAGUCCAUGAUUGAGAUCAGCCGCACUCAGGAUGAGGAGGUGGGAGAUGGCACUACCUCAGUCAUCAUCUUGGCUGGAGAGAUGCUGUCAGUGGCGGAGCAGUUUCUGGAGCAGCAGAUGCAUCCCACUGUGGUAAUCAGUGCUUACAGGCAGGCUCUGGAUGACAUGCUCAGCAUGCUCAAAGAGAUCAGCACGCCAGUCGACCCAAAUGAUCGGGACAUGAUGCUGAAGAUCAUUAACUCUGCCAUCAACACCAAGGCACUGAGUCGCUGGUCAAGCUUGGCUUGUAACAUUGCGCUGGACGCAGUGCGCACCGUGGAGCUGGAGGAGAACGGCUGCAAGGAAAUCGAUAUUAAAAAGUAUGCCAAGGUGGAAAAGGUGCCUGGUGGAAUCAUUGAAGACUCAUGCGUGCUGAAGGGGGUGAUGGUAAAUAAAGAUGUAACGCACCCUCGCAUGCGACGUCUCAUCAAAAAUCCUCGUAUCGUGCUCCUUGACUGCUCCCUCGAGUACAAGAAGGGUGAGAGCCAGACGGAUAUAGAAAUUAUUCGUGAGGAAGACUUUGCCAGAAUCCUGCAGAUGGAGGAAGAGUACAUCCAGCAGAUCUGUGAAGAUAUUAUCCGCCUCAAACCUGACCUGAUCUUUACCGAGAAGGGAAUCUCUGACCUUGCUCAGCACUAUCUGAUGAAAGCCAACAUCACUGCAAUCCGUCGCGUCCGUAAAACAGACAACAAUCGCAUUGCCAGAGCCUGUGGAGCACGCAUUGCCAGCAGGACGGAUGAGUUACGUGAGGAAGAUGUAGGAACAGGGGCAGGCCUGUUUGAGGUGAAGAAAAUCGGUGAUGAGUAUUUCACCUUUGUCACGGACUGCAAAGAUCCCAAAGCUUGCACUAUCCUGCUGAGAGGAGCCAGCAAGGAGAUCCUGGCGGAGGUGGAGCGUAACCUGCAGGACGCGAUGCAGGUGUGCCGUAACGUGCUGCUGGAGCCGUGUCUGCUGCCAGGCGGUGGCGCUGUAGAGAUGGCGGUGUCUCACAGGCUCAUGGAGCGCUCACGAGCCCUCACUGGCGUCGAGCAGUGGCCAUACCGUGCUGUGGCCCAGGCCCUUGAGGUCAUCCCCCGCACCCUCAUCCAGAACUGUGGAGCCUCCACCAUCCGUGUGCUCACAUCCCUUAGGGCAAAGCACACUCAGGAGGGCAGCACCUCAUGGGGUGUUAAUGGAGAAACGGGCACUCUGGCAGACAUGACUGAGCUGGGAAUCUGGGAGCCGCUGGCUGUCAAAGCCCAGACAUACAAGACCGCAGUAGAGACGGCCAUCCUACUCCUGCGCAUCGACGACAUCGUGUCUGGGCACAAGAAGAAGGGAGAGGAGAAAACAGGGGGAGGACAGGGCGCUGAGUAAAAUGAAGUGAAGAAAGCAAGGGUCUCAGGGGAUCAAGAAGAUGGAUGUCUAAAAUAGUUAACAGUGAUUUCUGAUCGACUUGACCUCUUAAACACAUUCUCUGGUUUUUAUUCUACCAUUAGUCCUUGCUGAUGUAAAGAUUUACUUGGAUCUUUGUGUUCAAGCCCUGUGUGAGUAAUAAUUAAACAGACCUUUAGUUGUGUUUACAUUCGUCACUGUGUACAUGCCCUCUGAUGCUUCACUCCAUAGUUAUCAGCUCGGGUUUUGAUUUGCUACUGGUGAUGCAUCCAUUUUUUUCCCCCAUUUGCGUUUUUCUUCUAAAUUUCAUGCUCGCUACCUCCCACCACUAUGAUAUUAAAAGUCUUUUUGAAAUGUU